AAUGUCCAAAACGAAAAAAGUAAAACCUUCUUCUUCGCUCUUGCCGUUUCGUAUAAAGCGAGACAAGUGCCCCUCUUUGGUCCAAUCCUCUUUUUUUUUUUUUUUUUUUUAUAGUUCUUCAAAAUCGCGGAGAGAAGAGCGACCAUCCGUUCACAGCCGAUUACAAAAGAAUCUUUAGGGGGAUGGGUAAGAAGAGAAAAGCUACAGAGACGAGCCUCGAUGAGGUAGAUCGGACUGUUUACGCCUCCUUUCGAACCGCCGCGAACUCGCUGUCUCAGCUUUACACUCAGUCCAUGAACCACCAGAAACUCUCUUUCCAAGCAGGUGAACGCCAUGGUCUGGAAAAACUGUACCAAUGGAUAUGGAGACAACAAGAAGGAGGGUCAAGAGUGACUCCUGUGGAUAUAAUCAAUUACAUUCAGAACGAGCUGGAGUGCUGCACAGAGGAGCCCCCAAUAUCCCCAAGAGCGCCGCCACCUCAACCAACAAUGCAUGUCACAAAUUCCGGUCUCAUUGCCUCUUCAGGCACGUCUUGCCCAACAGCUGUUCCGGCGGUUCGGUCUGAGCAAUGCGAAAACCAGGCCAAGAACUCGGUUUUCUCAAACGCUCUUUCAAGUCCCGUACGCCGUAGUCUGCAGAACUACCAAGUUCCGCAAGGAGGAUACAUAUCUGGCGGAACCAGAAGCAGUGAACUGAACAGGGGAUCUGACUCUCCUAGUUCUUUUGAUUCUUCAAUGGACAUGCAUGCAGAAUAAGAAGCUAUAAAGAUGUAAUACCCCCUCUUGUGAUAAUGUUUGAUCUUAUACAAAACUGGUUUGAAUUUUCAUAAUGUAUCAAUUGGUUGUCGUCUUGAAGGUGGUUUGCUGGUAUUUUGGUUAGGGUUUCUGAUGGUCACAUGUAAAUCAUUGUGUUUGGGAUUCAUAUCUCUAUUAACUUCUUAGUGUUCAUCUUUCAAAUCA